UUACUCUUGUGUCUGAACACAAGGCCUGAACAUGGAGAAGUCUGUUGCAUUCCUUUUCACAGUCUUGCUGCUUCACUCCUACGUCCUCUCCACUGCCGCAAGUGGCAGGAAAUUGUUGGAAGAAAAGAUGGUGGUGGCACGGAGGCUGAACGCGGUGAACAUGAAAGACUAUGAUCCAGCAGAGGCCAAUCCGAAACAUGACCCUAGCCGUAAUCCUGAUUUCGACCAUCCCACGGACCCUCAUGACCAGCCUCCGCAUCAGGCUGACCCUCCCCGUCCAGCUGACCCUCCACACCAGGCUGAUCCUCUCCGUGACACCCAGCCGCCGCAUGAGAGCACUGAUCCUCCCCGCGUGGCCCAGCCGCCGCAUGAGAGUGCUCCAUUCAAUGAUCGGUCUAGUAUAUUACAUCAUCCUCACCAUCAACGACACCCGAAGCCAAUGCAAACUCAAGCACCAGUACUGAAUAUCCCGGUUCCAGCAACAAUAAAUACUGGAAGCCAACCUUGAUAUCUAUACAUUUAACAGAAUAAAUAAAUAUUGUUAUUAAGUCGAUAUGAAAAAUCAUUGAAAUCCGUUGGUGUUCUGAUUGUACCAAUUCAAUGUAUUUAUUUGGUCCUAUGAAUACAUGCGGUGA